GAGUAUAGAUCCUUUCCCAUGUAUCCCAUAUUCCCAUUCCCCUCUUUCUACCCUUGGUGCCUUGGUGGUUUUGGUAGUCACUAAAAGUCUGAAAAUAGGUUCAUCAAUACAAAUUACCAACCUCCCUCUUCUCCCUCUAACUCUUUGCAAAACUCUACCCUUUUCUCUCCCUUCUCCUAAAGUCUUACCCUUCUACAAUUCAUCAAAUUAACUCCCUUUAUUAAUUUCUAAUCAUCUAAGAUUAACUGAAAUUAAUUGUUGAUUAAAAGGGGAAAGGGGCAAUAACAAUGGUGGUUGCCUCAAGUGGAAACACUUUCGCUAAAGAGGUCUCUAUUCGCAGGAGAAUCAUCAGCAUAUUUAAUAAGAGAGAAGAAGAUUUUCCAUCCUUGAAGGAGUACAAUGAUUACCUUGAGGAAGUGGAGGAUAUGACAUGCAACUUAAUUGAAGGAAUAGAUGUUCCUGCCAUUGAAGCUAAAAUAGCCCAGUAUGAGCGAGACAAUUCUGAGCAGAUAAUGAAUGCUCGAGCUCGUAAGGCAGAGGAGCUAGCGGCAGCUCUGGCAGCCAGCAAGGGACUUGCGCAAGUUGAUGCUGAUGUGGCCACAGAACAGAACCCACAAGCAGGGAUAUCUACCACAGCGCAAGGGUAUGCACCUGCAGUUGCAGGAGGGGCAUUUAUGCAACCAAGACCGAUGGGAAUGGCCCCACAACCGAUACCCCUUGGGGGCCCCGAUCUUGAUGAUGAAGAAAUGAUGAAGCUGCGAGCUGAAAAGGGUGGACGUGCAGGAGGUUGGACUCCGGAACUUGGCCGGAAAAGGGCACUUGAAGAAGCUUUUGGGAGCCUUUGGAUUUGAGGUUUUCAAAUGCAUCAUGUUUGCCAUGUUGUCGAUCAUUCAAAUGUGGAUUUUGAAGCUCUAUAUGUAAACUUACAGCUUGAUUGUCGGCUCGCAACUUCGUGCCAAAAAAACAAAUAAUAGAGAGAUUAGAAAUAUGAAUGUGUGUAAUUUAUGUCUUAUGACGAUUUUUACAUACCAUGAGAAUAUGAAUAGUCUAUCAUCCCUUUUUUCACCCUUA